UAUAUUGCACUUCUGUCCGUCCUGGGAGAGGGAUCCCUCACAUGUCGCUCUCUCUGAGGUUUCUAUGUUUUUUCCCCCUGUUAAUAGUUUUUGGUAGUUAUUCCUUACUCUUUUUGAGGGUUAAUGUCAGAGGAUGUUGCACCUUGUGAGAGAAAUUGUGAUUUGUGAAUAUGGGCUAUACAAAAAAUAUUGGAAGUUUAGGUGAUUUAAGCAUGUACUCUCAUAUUGCAACAGCCUUCCUCAAAGCAAAACAUCAAAAUUCCACAUUAUGCCACAUACAUCUUGAAUGUGUUUUGAUUGCAAUAACCAAAUUUCGGUCAGGACCACUUUAGUCAAGACUGAAGCCAGACUCAACAAAAACAACUCAACACACAAUAUGCCAAUCCUGUAGCCUUCAUCGAGCUGCUGAGCAAUGCUAAGCCUGCAGCAAAAAUUUAGCUUGUAUAAACGACUGUGGCAACUUUCAUGCCAUUUGCAUUUUUCAGAGAGAUGUUAUAGGUCUUGCACCCCUAUCGAUGUACAAACUACCUACAUGCCGACACUUUGAAACAGCAAAACGGAAGCAAUAAAAGGCAUUACUUACACCACAUCAAGUUAGCCAACUCUGUUUCUCAUAACAUGAGCGGGAGAAGCCCUGGGUAUUCAGCUUGUCCUCAUCACUUGCCUGCUCCUGAAUCUGUAAAUCGGGUCGGUCCGGACCAAGCUCCCUUUUUUUCUUUGAGUGAACACCUGGUGAAAGGGUGUUUUUGUGAAGAAAUUACCGGAUUUGCCACAAUUCCACUUGAAGUCGUCAUAGCUUUGUUGAUCAGCUCGCAGCAGAAGUAACUCAGUGACAGCGGAUCUACCUGAGACGGUGUCAAGGGUUGACCAAUUUCAUUGGAUAAAAAACGUAAAUCAAAACCAAUUGACUGUAAAUAAAAGUGUAUCUGGAGCAUAGAGAGCUACGUCCUGUGGAAAAUCAUUAACAACCAAUUAAAGAGCAACCUCAGGUCCUGUGUUUGCCAAAAGUUUAAGGACCCACAUUCACUCCCUUUUGGCAGGUGCCCCACACCAGGAAGUAUAUGUAUUUAGACAGAAAUUAACCAAAUACAAUUGUUUACCAGGUGCAUUGUCCGAGUAAACUGUUAUUAUCUAAUUAAAUGGUUUUUUUACUCAGGAUGUUGGAAGGGUGGUACCCCAUAUUAACAAACCGCCACUGCCCAUAUGCAAGAUCCAUAUUGGAAGUAAAAGUUUGUCAUUUCUGUGAUUAGUUUCAUGACUUUUGAAGAAUGUAUAGCCCCCCAAAAAUAUGAUCAAUUGUAAAACUUAAUAUCAACGUUCGAUGCAUCGCCACGGCAACAGUGUUCAAUGAAAGCAGACAAAACAUUUAAAUUGUCAAUUAUUUUUGUGAACAUUGGAAAUUUAUUCAGCAAGAAUUUCCACUAUCUGUUUAUAGUACAAAAAAAUUUGCACUGUAGGCUCAAAGCGCAUGAAAGUUUCUACUCAAUUGGGCCUAGAAAUUGAUGAAAGUUGCCAAGUUCUAGCACUUUAGAAGGUUGUUAUAGCACCUCCAUCAGGCAGCACAUCAGCCCUGCUCCUAAUGAUAGCAGUAUAAUGUUGUAUAUGUGAGUAGGCAUAUUGUAUAUCUAGCAAUCUAGUUGUAAUAAUAAUCCAUGCUCAGCUGCUUCCCCGAUCGACGAUAACAAUCCACAAUCAUGAUCCACGAUGUGGUUGCAGCCGCAAUCCUGGUUUUGCAAAGAUAAAGCACAAGGACUCCAGGGAAGAAGUCAAGUUAUUAACAUGUAUUGAGACAUUCAUGUGAUGAAGACGGAGAGGAGGAAAGAGAAACUCCAUGUAUAAUGUGUCCCCUGACAAUCUAAGCCUAUAGCAGCAUAACUAAAGUUGGUCCAUGUUAAACUAUCAUUAUAGAUAACGCUCUUAUCAAUGUAUUACGGUAAUAGCAUUGGCUGUUAUAUUAGAGGUGUUACGGUUUCUCAUACCUGUGUGUAUGACGUGUAUGUCGUUAAAUUCACUUGUAUGCUGUGCAGAGAGACGGAUGAAUAUAGCCGGUGCACAUGUAAGGAAUAAAUACUUAUAAAGAAGACGCUCCGCUUAUACUUUCACGCCAAGUUAUACCUGCGCAAGUCAGAUAACUGAACAGUCCAAAUAUAUGUUAUACUGUAAUUUUGACUUCGCAUCUCUUAUAUGAGUGUUUUUAUUUUUGUGAUUCUUAACAUUCCAUCCACUUUUCACUCCUGGCAGAAACAGACUAUCAUCGUCGAUUCGUAGCCAAAUGCAUUUUGUCUCUAUUGUUUAUUAUAUCUGCUACAUCACUUAUCCUUUUUAACAACCGAAAGCCAGUGCAAAGCUAAAAGAACAGGAGCAAUAUAGCUAAGCGAAGGCGGAAGUACACGAGGGGAAUCCUCUCUUUUACAACGAUCCUUCUACUCUGCUGUCUGUCCCUUUAAACACACUCGGUACUUUCCGCACUCGCUCGGCGCUACUCGAAAUCGUCUCUUUUCACUGCAGCUCCAUCGCCGAGCGAACUAGCCCGCUGCUCUCAUCCAACACCUCAGCGCAGACUGUCGAAUCCAUCAAAGCACCAUCUGCGGCUCCCUGGAAGCUUUGAGCUCGUGCAGAAAUGCAGGCUAUCAAAUGUGUGGUGGUCGGCGACGGGGCUGUUGGUAAGACCUGUCUGCUGAUUAGCUACACCACCAAUGCCUUCCCUGGUGAAUACAUUCCUACUGUCUUUGACAACUACUCUGCAAAUGUGAUGGUUGAUGGGAAACCAGUGAAUCUUGGUCUCUGGGAUACAGCAGGACAGGAGGACUACGAUAGGCUAAGACCACUGUCUUACCCACAGACGGUAUUCAAACUCUUUCCCCCCACAUGCACAUCUCAACUAGUCAUCUCUCUGGUUCUUUCCCAGGAUGUGUUCUUGAUAUGCUUCUCCCUGGUCAGUCCGGCCUCCUUUGAGAACGUCCGAGCUAAGUGGUACCCUGAGGUGAGACACCAUUGCCCCAACACACCCAUCAUCCUGGUGGGCACAAAGCUAGAUUUGCGAGAUGACAAGGAUACCAUUGAGAGGCUGCGAGACAAGAAGCUUUCUCCCAUUACUUACCCGCAGGGCCUGGCCAUGGCAAGAGAGAUUGGGGCUGUGAAGUACCUGGAGUGCUCUGCGCUGACCCAGCGAGGCCUGAAGACCGUAUUCGAUGAGGCCAUCCGAGCUGUGCUCUGCCCUCCACCAGUAAAGAAAAGGGGGAAAAGGUGUACCAUGUUUUGAGGAGAAAACACUUCAAUAACACUACAUCACCAUGAACAACAACCACUACUUCUCUGAGAGGAUGAGAGAGAAAACUAGAGAGAAUGAGUGUGUACUGCUGAGAUUGCUUUCUUUAUAUUUAUGUUUCAAAGUGAUAUUGGGAACAAGACCAAUACUUCAUCAGUUUUUUUUUUACCAUUACUGAAUAGGCCAUAGGUUCUGAAAGACAGUGACUGUCCACUUUCUUUGUACUUAUAGAACCACAUCAAGUUGCCAUGAGGGCUGACAAUGGUAUAUAUCUCUUCCUCAUACUGUAACAUCUCUUCUGUCUCAGCCAUGUUUGCUCUAAUUAAUGCAGUGUUGACUAGAUAUGAUAUGUGAACUAUGAAUCCGCCUUCAGGUCAGAAGUUACCCUCAGCAUUUGGAAACAAAAUACUACUGCCUGCAUUUCUGAAAAUUCACAUAUUGAGCACGAGUCUAAAAUAUGUUGUGUUGCUCCUCUACAAGAAAUGAGAAUGACAUAUUGAAGGAAGAAUCUGGUUUCUUACAACAAAGCCUCAGCUUGUUUUGUGGUUUUGGCCUAUUGGUUAUGAUAGCGCUGUGCUAAACAAAACAAAUGCUGAGAUAUUUUGGCAGCAAACAUACAGGUUAGCCACAUUACUUUUGAAGGGUAAAUCAAGGCAAACAACAGUGAUAGAUUACUAACUGGGCCCCGUGUUCACUCUGUGGUAAUUAGUUUGUGGCGAUUUGAUUAAAUGGUAAACAUACUGAAAUGGAAAAGGCUUUAAGGUGACCUCUGAGGCCUGUCUUAUAGAGGGGCCUAGGGUCAAAAUCUAGUGUUAAUAACAUAAAUAUAUAACCAAACUAAAGCCGUUUUCAGACAGGAAGUCCGGAGAAUCGGGUCUGGAGUUUCUCCAGAGGUUGCCUUACACACAUGCACAACGCAACGGGAGAUUCUCCGCUCUGACGCAUUCACAACAGUAACAAAUCCUCCACAGGAUUCAGGUGAGGACUGGCGCAGCAGGCAGAGGCAGGAUGCAACGUAUUAAUAUCGCUGCAAAGAUCACUUGUUUUUGUUUACAGCACAUCUUCGUCUGUGACUUCUAUGUGUUUGGCUCCACUUUUUCAUCUGGAGAUAUUUGUUUUCUUUUUGUUUUUCAUUUUUGCAUCUGUCGCGUGUUAGAAGUGGGAUCAGCCCCACCAUCCCUCACGGUGAAUCCUGUGGAAGAUCUCCUGCUGUGUUUUCACAUCAGCUCCUCCAGACUUCCUAGGGGGCCGGUCUGAGAAAGUCCUCAAAAACUCUGGAGUUCAGUACAUGUCUGAAAGCAGUUUAAAAGAUGUGGCUGUAAAAUGCUAUUUACUAGUCAAGUCAAGAAAUAAUAUUCAAGCUCAAAUGUUAAUAGUGUCAGACAAAACUAGAUUAACUGAAGGUCAACUCUUUUUUUUUUUUUUUUAACCACGUCAUGUUCUUCAUCAACGAACACUAUCUUGGGGUCUGUCAUUUGAUUUGUUUUUUAAUUGAAAUGUUUCACUUUUAGCAAGGUGGAACUAUUUUAUCCAGUCUGUGCUAUUUCUUUUAAAGACUUCAGUUCUUACUUCAGAUGAAAAUCUGAUCUUUGUCAAGUGUCUUUGGGUAACUUUAUCUAACUGUGACAGACGAGCAUGCCAAACAUGGGGGCUGAACAACCUUGCUGCCUGAGUUCUGCCUGUGAGGGUGUGGGAGCUUGCAUGGGUCUUAAUUUAUCCCAUCGUUUCGAUCUUGUCUCUCUUCCUCUGUUUGUGUAUGUGUCUGUAUGUGUAUAUAUGAAUGCUGGUGUUUUUGUGUUUGGACAAGAACGUGUCAGUGAGACAGUGUUGUUUGACAGUUUGGGAUAGAUCAUAAAACACACACAGUAUUGUUUUAAGCCAAGUUUUUAGUGUCCAGUUUUUGGUACUAUUUCAUAUUGUAUUGUAGGAAUACACAAUACUUUUCAACACUCUGUGGACAUAAAGAAAGAAAAAAUGGGUAUCAAUGACAUUUUGUGAUGUACAGAAUAAUCCUUAGAAAAAAAAUAUCUAUCUACAUGUACCUGAUUAUUUAGCUCUUAAAGUGAAAAUUAAAGGGUUUUUUGUCGCUCACGUCGAAGUUAGAAGUGUUGCUAACAAUGUUUGAAAAAGGGGCCAGUCUUUGUGGAGUUUGUCGUCAUGGCAAACCUCACCGAUUGCACCUUCAUGACUUGCAUUUCUGUAUGGUUGCAGGCCUGCAGUGUGUCUCUCUCCCUCGUGUGGUGAGACACAGCACUACAGUCCACUCUGUCAUGCUGUCUUUGGUUGGCAUAGCAAACUGUGUGGUUGAAUCAUGUCAUGUGGUCCUGCCAACUAAUGUGUCGAAAUGUAGCUGAGAAAUGCCGAAAAAAAAUUCUUAUCUACUAUUGCAUGGAAGUUCACUGGUUAUUCGACCGAUUGUUAUUCUUAGGAGAGGUUGUAUGUUGAAAUGCAUUGGCCAUGUACGUAUGUAAUGUAAGAUGACUUGUACACUUGUUUUAAUUGUUUGUUUUAUUUUUUAUUACUUCACGUUUGUGUGGUGAAAUAUUUAAAGUUUUUGUAAACUAAAUACAAAUGUCUCUGUAAAGUG